AGCCCCUCUCGCAGCCGGAGGGUCGCCGCGGCCGCCAUGGCCGCCGCGGGCCGAGGCGGCAGCGGCGGCGGCCCAGGGGCGGCGCACAUCGCCUUGGUGGCGCUGCUCUCGCUGGGCAUCGUCGUGUGGGUCGGCCCUGCGGCCCCCGCAGAUGCUGGGGCGCCGGAGGCCGCCUCUUUGCAGGAGCCCUGGGCUGCGCCGGCGCGGCGGGCGCCGGUCUGGGACGAGAGCGCGCCGUGCACGUACGAGGAGGACGUGGACUUCCAGGGGGUGGACCUCGGCGUCGUGGAGCGGACCACGCCCGAGGACUGCUGCGCGAAGUGCCGGGCCUGGAGGGACGAGCUCACCGGCUCGGUCUGCGAGGCGGGCAUCCUCACGGGGCCGCAGGACAACCCGCCGUCCUCCUGCUGGCUCAAGACCGCCAUCUGGAAGCAGCUCAGGAAGCGCGGCGUCAGGGCGUGCAUGCCGAGGGGGCGGCCGACGGUAGAGCCCGGGUUCAGCGUCGGCAUGUAGGUCUGGGCGCGCCGCCUGCCGCCUCCGUCCUCGCGCCCGCUGGCCAGCAGACAGGCGCAUCCUUUUCGAGCGGGGCCUGUGUUGCUUUCUCUCGGCUCGGAAAACGUUGCGCGUCCCCUUCGGCCCCCGCUCCCCGCGCUCCUCCCCCCCGCGUCUGUCCACCGCCGACUCCGGCUCCGGCCCCGCCUCCCCUCUGCCAGAGCCUUGCGGCGCCGGAUGCGCCCGCACUCCCCUGUGGAGUGCAGCGCGGCGCGCGCUCUCGCUCUCAUCGGUCCGCAUGUGCAGGGUAUCGGCACACGUCUGGGCCGCGGAAA